GGCAAUGGCCCAUCACCGCAUCCCAAGGCCCCAGGCCCCAAACAAAACCCAUCUUGAAAUUCCCAAAACCCCCAUUGCCAGGGUUCCUGAAUCCCGGCUCUUCCCCAGUUCUUCCCCACCUCCCCACUAGGAGUCUUCGCCGCUCGGCCUGUUGGCCGGCCUUGCCGUGAUUUCGUGCCCAACAAUCGGCCUUGGCGCCUUGCUGAGUUCCCGUCAGUUCGUGACCAACAUCCGGCAUCCGUCAUCGCCCCUUGCAGUUGCUGCCGCAGGCCUCCGGCCUUCCUCAUCUUCGGCUGAUGGGUUCCCACAAUAUCAAGGAUGUCUUGACGUCCUUUAGUCCUUCUUUGGACUACUGUGCAAUCACUUCUGGAGAUGGCCGGAUUAAGAUUUGGGACACUUUGAAGGGCCAGAUCCAGGCAGAGUUUGCAGACAUCAUGUCAACUGAUGCAACGGAUUCAUACCCUAAACCUGAAAGAGGGCAUCUUUCUGUUGAUUAUACUUGUAUGAAGUGGAUGACUUUUGACAGAAAGAAAAAAAGGAAGCUUGUAUGUUCAUUGUUAGUAUUGGGAACAGGUGGUGGUGAUGUUUUAGCAUUUGACAUACGUGCUGGUCAAUUGAAGUGGAGAGUUAGUGAUUGCCAUCCUGGGGGCGUUAGUGAUAUUUCAUUUUCUGCAUGUGGUUCAUGCAUUUAUGUUGUGGGUGCUGAUGGGAUGAUUUGCAAAAUCGAUUACAUCUCAGGCGAACUGUUGGGAAAGUUUAAAGCUUCUGCAAAGGCCAUAUUCUCAAUGUCUGUUUCUCCUGAUGGGAAAAUAUUGGCAACUGCUGCUGCGCAAUUGAAGAUUUUCAAUUGCUCAGACCAAAAGAAGAUACAGAAGUUUUCUGGGCAUCCUGGGGCUGUUCGCUGUAUGAUCUUUACUGAAGAUGGGAAGUUUAUCCUUUCAUCUGCUGUUGGUGAAAGAUACGUCGCUGUUUGGAGAAUAGAUGGUAGCAAAAAUCGGUCAGCCUGCUGUGUCCUUGCAAUGGAGCAUCCUGCUGUCUUUUUGGACAGCAGGUGCAUGGAUAAUGGGGGGGUAGAUGCAGAUCUUUAUGUUUUGGCCAUUUCAGAAUUAGGUGUUUGUUAUUUAUGGUAUGGGAAGACUAUUGAGGAAUUACGCAUUGUGAAGCCCACAAAAAUCUCUUUAUCUCUUCAAGACAAUAUCUCUAAGAAUCAUAAGGUCGCAUUACCCUCAAUAUUUGCUGCAAAAUUACAAGGUGUUGUCAAGCCUGCAUCAUGCCAUGUGUUUGUUGCCUACGGGUUGCUGAUAAAGCCAUUGUUUCAAAAACUUCUAGUGCAUUCUGGAACUGACAUCAAGCUGAACAGUUCACAGGAUGGGGUCCUCCUGCCAAAUCAGUCUCAUAUUUCUGAAAAAAGGAAGGAUUCACAAAAUGGAGUUACUGCAUUGGAUCGUGCAAAUGCUGAAGAUGCCUUACUUCCCAUUCCAAAAAUUUUCGUAUUUCAUGAGAAAAAGAAAAGACAGCAAACUCUUGUCGACAGCAAGAGUCAGGCUAAAUCUGAGGAGGGCGAAGGUGACAUGGAUACAUAUGAAGUUGAUACUGUUAAGUUUUGCAUGGAGGACCAACUUAGAUCAUUGGGGAUUAUUGGUAACAAGGAUGAUCUUGCAACCGAGUCAACACUUAAUUCUACAUUGCUUAAGGGAAUUAAUCUUGAAGCUAAUGUUCCUCAAAAGAAGAUGAGGGCAGCUGUUUUGUCAAUCACACCUUGUGAUGCAUGCAAGUUGUUGACCGUCUUGGUGGAUGCGUGGCAAUCAAGGUUAUACAGUGGAAAAUAUGUUCUUCCAUGGAUUUAUAAUGUAUUGGUGUGUCAUGGUCAUUCGAUUGCAUCUCAUGAGCCAGCGAGUCAAGUGCUUGAUUUCUUAUACAAGAGUAUUGAAUCCAAAAGGUCCACUAUUCAAUCUUUAUUACAGUUAUCUGGUCGUUUCCAGCUUGUGACUGCACAGAUUGACAAGGUUGCUCAGAACAAAACUCCAACUUUUGCACAUGAUCACCAAAGUGAUGAAGAAGAAGAAGAACAAGAAGACGAGGUUGAUGACUUUCUUUAUGGAUUAGAUGACGACGUUUCCCAAAGUAGUAGCGAUGAUGAGGAUUAGCUGUACUUUAGCAUAUGUGAGUUUAAAAUUUGCAUGGCAUGCUUACAUGGUGGAUAAAAGCGAAAAUGUGGCAUGAACUUUUGCUGCAACAAAUGAGCAGUACUCUUGGUGCCAUCGCCUGUAAACCUGGUACCAAUAAUGUCAAUGUUUUUGGGGUUCGGUACUGCAGUUUUUUCCUUGCCCCUGCUUUUUGCCUUACAGUUUUGUGUAUCUUUAUAGUGAAGUAAUUGGUUUAUCGUGCAGCAAGUUGAGUUUUGUUUGGACAUAUUGAUAGAUACUUUUGGAUUUUGUUGGUUCUAAUAAUAGCUAGUUGUCUUUUUUUUC